AUUUAGAAUGUAGCACCUGCGCUAUACAUUCGGACUGAAAUUUGAUGUGAACAGUGAGAGAAAAAGCUAUUAUGCUAAAUGUGUGUGUGUUUGGAAUCCCAAAUGUAAAAACAGUGAUGAUUAUUUCCCUAGUAUAAAUCUUACAUGCUAAAUUGUGUUCAUAUAGCCGACUGGUAAUAGCGUCAUGACGCUUGUGGUAACUUAACUAAAAUACCAGAUAGAUAUCAAAUUUAAGGAGAUUGAAGUUCUACACUAAACGCACAAUCGGCGAACUGUUUGUGAUGACAAUGGCAUCAUGGACUGGAUAUCCAAAAGAAAUUGCCACUGGAAACUCUGUGGAUAAGAAAUUCAUUUGUAAUAGAUGUGGCAAUAUUUUACGUGAACCAGUGCAAGCAACGUGUGGGGACAGGUUUUGUAGAGGAUGCGUAGAGGUUUUGUUUCAAGAUGGGGCAGAACAAAAAGAGUGUCCUAGACCAAAUUGUAUGGAUGAAGAUGACAGCACUCAGAGGAGUGUUAUCAGUAAAGCAGAGAUUUUUCCUGACAAUGCUAUAAAGCGCGAGAUCAACCGCAUGAAAGUACAUUGUAUCAACAAAGACUGUAAAUGGAAUGGAAAGUUCAAGGAAUAUGAGAGCCAUUUCCCCAUCUGUGAGUUUAGAAUGGCCACCUGUGCUGCCUGUGGAAGUGAAGUCAAGAUGAAUGAGAUGGAGAGACAUCUUAGAGAUGUCUGCCCUAAAGCCCAGCUACAAUGCAGUGACUGUGGGAACUUGAUAACAAGAGAGGACUGGGAACAACACCAGGUCUCCCAUAGAAGCGUUUUGUGCCCAGCCUGUCCUUCUGGGACUACUGUUGAUAGGGAAGCUUUUCACGACCAUUUCAACAGGGAGAGGCACAGCACAUACGUGUUCCACGCUUUACAUAGCAGUUCUACUGAAAUACAGCGCGUGGCGACUGAGCUUGCUUUAAUCAAGGAUGAUAUCUUGGCAAGAGUUCAGUUACUGGAUGAAAAGAUUGUAGCUAUUAAUGCAGGAGGUGGCUCUAGUUCUGGUGUCCUGAAUCCAGACCAGCGUGUGAGACAACUGUUCGAGCAGAUGUCCAAAAGCUUGAAUGACCGAGUAGACACGAAGACCGGCACAUUUGAAGGCAUAGCGAAUACCUUACACAGAGAACUAGACAAGGUCAUCUCAGCUAUAGAAAAGCUGGAAAAUCACCGUAGAAACAUGAAAGAUGUGGUUGACUCGAGCGCGCAGAGGAUCAAUGCUUUGGAGCAGACAUUGAGGGUUAGGGAGUCAAAGAUUAUCGAGUUAGAGCAGAAGUUGAUGGAUAAUAAUCCAUUGGUGAGCUAUAAUGGGGUGUUCAUAUGGAAGUUCACAGAUUUCUUACGAAAGCAACAAGAAGCACAACAAGGAAGAAACGUAAGCCACUAUUCCACUCCGUUCUUUACAAGCAGGUUCGGCUACAAAAUGUGUGCUAGACUGUACCCAAAUGGAGAUGGAAUGGGCAAAGGCACACACCUGUCCGUAUUUUUCGUUGUAAUGAAGGGGGAGUACGAUGCUUUGCAGGAAUGGCCAUUUAAACAGCGGGUUACAUUUUGCCUGCUGAACCAAGAAAGGGGAAGCCAUGUAGUGGAUUCCUUCCGACCUGACCCAACCAGUUCCUCUUUCCGUCGUCCACAAAACAAUAUGAACAUUGCCUCUGGAUGCCCUCUGUUUGUGAGACUGGAUGCACUUGUAAGCCCUGGCAAUGGACUGUUAAAAGACGAUACCGUCUUCUUGAAGAUUAUUGUGGAUAGUACGGACAUCCGUGAUCCUUCAUCCCCUUUGGAUAGUACGGCUGCAAAGGCCUAGCCAACACGAACACCCCAAUAGACCUUCAUCUGAAUCACUUCAACGUAGAUGGUAAUGAUGUUGAAGAUUGGUCUCGCAUAUGGGCACUGAACACGUCUUGUGCACAAUCUUUACAUGUUGUAUCUUUGAAUGCAUUACAUGUAUCGAUAUGUUCACGAGACGCGUUGUCUCCUCGUUGUCAGGGACAUGGACCUGUUUCCUUGCCUGCAUGUGAUGGUCCUUGUCCCCCCACAGGAGACGAUCAGGAAGAAGGCAGUUCGUCUGCAUCUGGUUUGGAGUUGGACUUGUAAAGUUGGAACAACUGAAUCUUAAGUGUGUAACAGUGCUACCACAUGCACUGGUGGGCCUCAAGAAGUUGAAAUAUCUGCAGUUUCUUUGUAAAUAUAAAGCGCUUGACAAGUUACAUUAUGAGCACAUAGAAUCAUUUAGUCCCUGGAAUGAAGUAGCUUUAUUACCACUCUCUAAUAAAUAUUAUACAAAUCUAAAAUGUAUUAAAAUACUUACAUCUUAUGACGGACUGGAUUUGUCACUGUUUGAAAAUGUAAACUCGAUAAAAAUGAGCAAUAAAGUGAAAGUGUUACCGCAAUGACCUCUCAUCAAUAACAAACAAAACCUUUCUCAUAUUGGCUUGUCUUUUUAAAAAUUUUACUGUUUUGACAAUCAAGCCAGUUAUACAUGGUUUCUAAUGGUUCAGAUCCAGUACAGUGUGCAGACUAUAUAUCCUCCAGUGAUGCCAUCUAUAGAAUGCAUUAACUUGUAUCAUGUAAAAUGUUCCUUUAUCUGGCUGCGCAGUCUGCUCAGCAAGCUGCUGACAAUCAUACGGUGAGGUGUGAGCUGUUGGACUGUAAUCAUGAGUUCAAGAGUAGGCUAUCAGGCAGCCACAUAGAACCAUGUGAAGAGGAUGCAGACAGCAAGCCAUUUAAACAUAUUUUCAUAUAUCAUGAUUUGAACAAUACAUGUGUAUUUGAAGCGGAUUACUUAAUCUGGUAUAACUGUCUAUGGGAGUCUCUGCAUGGCCUUGAUGUCAAGAAUCUGAAUUAUCACUCCACAUUCUUCAAGGUAUCUUGCACCUUCGUUGUUACAGUCACUGGCAUCACUCUCACAGCUUGAAACGCUUAGAAUGUCUUUACCUGAAUAUAUCGACCUACAGCUUCCUUGGUCAUUGAAACAUCUGACUGUCUCUUAUGAUAGAUUAUCUCAGAACUUCGUGACCUUGUGAACAAAAAGAGAAGGCUAUCAGGCAGUCUCAUAGCAUCAUGUGUAGAGGAAGCAGUCAGCAAGUGGCUUGCACAUAUAUGCAAAAAAAUAUAUACGGAUUUAAACAAUAUAUGUACAUUUAAAAGUUUAUGACAUAAUCUUGAGACGCGAUACCAGUCUAUGGCAGACUCUGAAUGUCAAGAGUCUGCACAUUGCUGUAAAAAAUGUGGAAGUGUUUCAUAAACGGUCAUUUUCACAGUCACCAGCAUCCCUCUCACAGCUGGAAAUGUUUGGAUUAUAUUUAUAUACUUAAAUUGAUGUACAGCUUCCUCCGUCAUUGAAGUAUUUGACUGUUUAUUAUUAUGCAUAGUCUCCAUCAGAACUUUGCAAUCUUAUGAACAAACUGUGUGCAUCUACUCAAUCACUUGAAUGUAUAUUUGCAUUUUAUUGUGUUUAUAAAAUAGUAGAUACAUCAUCAAAAUACAGGCUGGGAAAGAACGCCUUGAAAACAAGACACAGGCUGGAGAACAAAGCAUUGAAAACAAGACACAGGCUGGAAAACAAAGCAUUGAAAACAAGACACAGGCUGGAAAACAAAGCAUUGAAAACAAGACACAGGCUGGAAAACAAAGCAUUGAAAACAUAACAGGCUGGAGAAAAACGCAUUAAAAACAAGAAACAGGCUGUAAAACAAAACAUAACACAGGCUGGAGAACAAAGCAUUGAAAACAAGACACAGGCUGGAAAACAAAGCAUUGAAAACAUGACACAGGCUGGAAAACAAAGCAUUGAAAACAAGACACAGGCUGGAAAACAAAGCAUUGAAAACAUAACACAGGCUGGAGAACAAAGCAUUAAAAACAAGACACAGGCUGGAGAACAAAGAAUUGAAAACAAGAACAGGCUGGAAAACAAAGCAUUGAAAACAAGACACAGGCUGGAAAACAAAGCGUUGAAAACAAGACACAGGCUGGAAAACAAAGCAUUGAAAACAAGACACAGGCUGGAAUACAAAGCAUUGAAAACAUAACACAGGCUGGAGAACACAGCAUUGAAAACAAGACACAGGCUGGAGAACAAAGAAUUGAAAUCAUCAAUAAAAGAAUAUAUCUGAAUCUAAUAGGAACUCGAAGCACUGAAGCCUGUUGAAGUGGAAACGAUUUUGAAUAUAUGGCUAAACUAUUCCUGACCUGGUGUGUACAUGACAGUGUUUGUGUUGAUGCUGAGAGCAUAAAUCACUGGAAAUGUUCAUAACAUCCUGAAUAUAUUGACAGCCUCUGUCACAUGUCAAUGGGACUUCAGAUUAAUUGUACUAAAGGUCCUGACCUGUGCUAGUAACUUAAUGGUUGCGACUGUAAGACAUGAAUUUAAUAUCUACGAAGGAUAAUCAAGAGAUUGGUAGACUUUUAUCAUCAUUUAUUAUGCCCCCCUUCAAAGAAGAGGGGGUAUAUUGUUUUGCACAUGUUGGUAGGUCCGUCCGUCCGUCUGUCGGUCGGUCUGUCCACCAGAUGGUUUCCGGAUGAUAACUCAAGAACGCUUAGGCCUAGGAUCAUGAAACUUCAUAGGAACAUUGAUCACAACUGGCAGAUGACCCCUAUUGAUUUUCAGGUCACUAGGUCAAAGGUCAAGGUCACAGUGACUCGAAACAGUAAAAUGGUUUCCGGAUGAUAAAUCUAGAAUGCUAACGCCUAGGAUCACGAAACUUCAUAGGUAAAUUGAUAAUGACUGGCAGAUUAGCCCUUUUGAUUUUCAUGUCACUAGGUCAAAGGUCAAGGUAACGGUGACUUGAAAUAGUAAAAUGGUUUCUGGAUGAUUACUCAAGAAUGCUUACGCCUAGGAUCAUGAAACUUCAUAGGUACAUUGAUCAUGAGUGGCAAAUGACCCCUAUUAAUGUUCAGGUCACUAGGUCAAAGGUCAAGGUCACAGUGACUCGAAACAGUAAAAUGGUUUCCUGAUGAUAACUUAAGAAUAAUUAGGCCUAGGAUCAUGACACUUCAUAGGUACAUUGAUAUAUGACUGGCAGAUGACCCCUAUUGAUUUUCAGGUCAAAGGUCAAGGUCACAGUUACAAAAAACGUACUCACACAAUGGCUGCCACUACAACUGACAGCCCAUAUGGGGGGCAUGCAUGUUUUACAAACAGCCCUUGUUACACAUUUAUUUACUGUAUAGCAAAAUCGGGCAUUAGAGUUUAUAACUUAAAUAAGCGAAAUUUUCCAGUUUUCAUGUUCUUUUAUAAAAAUGACAUAUGUUUAAAAGGAGUCAUAACGGGCAAUCGGGAGCACUUCAUUUAAAAUCCAGUUGUGUUGUUGUCGUCGCUUGUUUUUCGUGCAUUGUUUAGCACGCAAUAUAUGUCUUCUUGUGAUUGGGUAUCUUAUUGUAAAUGUUCAUUAAAUAUUACUUACAAUAAUUGAUCAAUAUUGAAAUAUUGAUACACUGUUUGGUUCUUGUUUGUUGUUAUCACUAUUGCUUUAGCAUUAUGUUAGCCAGUUUCACAGUUGAACACAAAGAGAUAAAACUACUGAUGCAAAAAUUAAUUUCUGAAAAAAACUUAAGACAAUAUAUUUUGCCUUUUACCCAUGCAUGAUUACAUUAUUAUUAUAUGCUGUAUAUUGAUAUCUUAUUAUUAUUUAACACUUAACUGAAACAAACAUUGCAACACAAAAUGUGGUAAAAUAUCAAACUAGCAUAUUAAUGAGCUUAAUGCUCUACCUUGUAUUACAUCUGAAAUAGAAAAGAUGUGUCUUAAGUUGUAAAUUCAUUUUUAUUUUAUCCUUUAACCCUUUCCCUCUUAGAAGCAAAGUGAAACUGGCCAUGUGCAAAGUCGCAGUCUGUUAAGGUGUUAUGCUGUUUGUAAUCAUCAGUAUCUAAGGGUUGGAAAUGAAGCCUUUAAAACUUAAAUCUAGUUAGAAAGGUAUUUAAUUAAAUUGAACUUUGUAAGGGACUACAGAUGUGUUAAAAUACUUGUCUAAGUGGGUAAUAGUUAAAACAAUAAAUAAGGUUAGGCAAUCAACACACUUAGUAGCAAGCUGACUUACAAAUGUCUAUAUCCGAUCAGAUGUUUUCGGCUCAGAACGCUCCGGACACUCAAUCAUAAGGUGAGGUGUGAGCUGUGGCAAUGUAUUAUUAACCAGGUUUUCCGAAGGAAAAAACUGGUUAUUAGAUUGGCGAAUGCGGGCGGGCUGGCUGGCUGGCUGGCGGGCUGGCGGAAUAAGCUUGUCCGGGCCAUAACUAUGUCGUUCAUUGUCAGAUUUUAAAAUCAUUUGGCACAUUUGUUCACCAUCAUUGGACGGUGUGUCGCGCGAAAUAAUUACGUCGAUAUCUCCAAGGUCAAGGUCACACUUUGAGUUCAAAGGUCAAAAAUGGCCAUAAAUGAGCUUGUCCGAGCCAUAACUAUGUCGUUCAUCGUCAGAUUUUAAAAUCAUUUGGCACAUUUGUUCACCAUCAUUGGACGGUGUGUCGCGCGAAAUAAUUACGUCGAUAUCUCCAAGGUCAAGGUCACACUUUGAGUUCAAAGGUCAAAAAUGGCCAUAAAUGAGCUUGUCCUGGCCAUAACUAUGUCAUUCAUUGUGAGAUUUUAAAAUCAUUUGGCACAUUUGUUCACCAUCAUGGGACGGUGUGUCCCACGAAAGAAUCACGUCAAUAUCUCCAAUGUCAAGGUCGCCACGACUAAAAAUAGAUUUAAAAAAAAAAAAAACUUACAAAGGGGGUUAAUUUUUUUGGUCAUUUCAAAAGUUCAGUUUGAGUUUUCUCCCUUUAUCAGAUUUUUUUUUCACAAUGAAAACCUGGUUUUGUGACAAUUUUGUCCCUUGUAACUUUUAUUUUUGUUAUUGACAUUUUCUUGUAAAUAAUUAUUAUGGUAUAUGUAAUUAGUGCUUGUAAGAUAUACAACAUUAGUAUUAUUAUCUUUUUUGAGUUGCUCUUAUUAGCUUACUGAAGCAGAAGCUGCUAAUAGUUUUAUCAUUUGAUCGCCUUAUAACCGUCGUCUGUCGUUAUUCAUUGCCUUGUGGAAACUAGACUCCACAUUAAUUAAUCUUCAUUCCUGGAAGUCACUUUUUGUGCAUUGAAACUUACAUAUUACAUUUAUCCCAAUUAUAUCUUGUCCGAGUUCAAAAUCGGGUCGUGCGGGGUCAAAAACUACGUAACUAGGUAAAAGAAAAGAAAAAAAAUAUUGUGAAAACUAGAGAGGCCACUUAUAUUGCCCAAUCAUCACAAAACUGUCGUAAUAGUCAAGUCAUAUAUUGACCAAAUUCAAAACUGGGUCAUAUGGGAUCAAAUAACGCUAGGUUGUUGGUUCAAAUUUUUGAAACGGCUUGUGAACACGCCUGAGACAGCAUUUAUCGCCUAAUCUUGAUGAAACUUGGUCGGGACAUUUGUACCAAUGACAUUAUCAAGUUCAAAAUUGGGUCAAGUGGGGUUAAAAAACAAGGGCAAUUGUCAAAAUUAAAGAAACGCUUGUUAAACGCUAGAGGCCACACUUUUGGCCCAAUCUUCAUGAAACUUUGUCAGAACAUUUAUCCUGUAUAUUUCAUAAUAUAUACUGUAUAUAUAUUUGGGUAUUCAGAUUUACUAGGCUUUCUUGGUGUGUCAGUUUUACUUAAUUGCAUCUUUUUAUAUUAAUUAUAUCACUGUAUAUACUUUGGACACUGAAUCUGUUAGAACUUGCAUAUUAUGUUUUCAUGUGAUUUGCUUUUAAACAAAACAAUUUCAAGUACAGAAGAUUUUCACACAAAUGUUGCACAAAUUCAAUGCUUACAUUUAAAUAAUAAUAAGUUCACAUUGAUUUUAGAAAGGGGUAAGUAUAUAAAGACAUAAAGUCGUCUUAUACAAACAAUGGCGUUAAUUGAUGAAGAUAAUAUUAUAAUGAUUUAUUACCUGUUUCAUGUACUCAUCGUUAUUUUUUUGUUAAUAAAUAAAUCUUGUGUGAACAUUUA